CUCAUGUCUCUUAAAACAUAUUUCCUCGUUCCUCUCUCCAUGCAUGGUUUCCUCCAUGCAUCCCUGGUGGGAGGGAAUGUACCCAUAAACAGGCGGGGAUACAACAUUUGACAUGACACCGGAAGUACUCUGCUGUGGGGAGCCUGCAGUAAACUGCUGAAGCGUAACGCGUUGUAGCUUUGAACGAAGCGAUGACGACAGACGGACCGAGCCCGUUUCUGUUUAUUAGUACUGUAGCCAUUUGUACACGUGGGGGACGUGUAUGUGCGAACAACACGCAUAACGUCAGCUAUUCAUUUGUGUCCGAUUGAAUCGUUUUUUUGGACCAUUUUGGAUAUGGUGCUUGAAUUUACCGUGGAAACAUGAAAACACAGUGACUACGAGCAACAUUUUCCAAAAGUUUCCCCAGACCUUCCUACAUCAGGAUGAAGGAACGGACAGAUGCUCCUCAGGACCGGGGCUGCCUGGUGGGGAUCUGUUUCUUCAUUCUGGGCCUGGGAACGUUGCUGCCAUGGAACUUCUUCAUGACUGCCUCAAUGUAUUUCCAAAGUCGCCUAAACACAACAGAACAGAGCGACGGCACCGCGGUGGUCACCAAAGAGUACUACUUCAACAACUGGAUGACCCUGCUGUCCCAGCUGCCCCUGCUGGUGUUCACCCUGCUCAACUCCUUCCUGUACCAGAGGAUAUCGGAGGCAAUACGCAUCGCAGGUAGCCUGGUCUUCAUCCUGCUGCUCUUCAUCCUCACAGCCGUGCUGGUCAAAGUUCCCAUGGACCAAGACCGCUUCUUCUCUGUCACCAUGGCAAUUAUCUGGUUCAUCAACUCGUUCGGGGCCGUGCUGCAGGGCAGUCUGUUCGGCCUGGUGGGUCUCCUCCCUCAGAAGUUCAGCUCCAUCUUCAUGAGCGGCCAGGGCCUCGCCGGGACCUUCGCUGCCAUCGCCAUGCUGCUAGCCAUAGCCAGUGACACGGACUCUGAGACCGCAGCGCUGGGUUACUUCAUCACGCCAUGUGUGGGGACGCUGCUCACUCUCUUCAGCUACCUGCUGAUGCCCCGCCUGGCGUUUGCCCAGUACUAUCUGAACAAAAGCAACAAGUAUGAGGCAGACACCACGGACAAGUUGCUGAAAGAGAGCAGCACAGUGGAGAACGGCAAGCCGAAUGCUAACGGCACAGGGACCAGCAGCACGAGCAAGGCUGGCAGUGCAGCUGAGGUCGAGGUGGACCCCGGUCCAGAGGGUCCACCGGGAGCCUUCCUGUCACUGGAGCAGGUCGAGAAGGGACAAGCUAAGGCCUCGGUCAUAGAGGUCUUCAAAAAGAUCUGGGUGAUGGCGUUCUGUGUGACGUUUGUGUUCACAGUCACUCUGUCCGUCUUCCCGGCUGUCACUGCAGAUGUCAGGACCUCAUUCCCAGGAAACUGGGAGCGCUACUUCAUCUCGGUGUGCUGCUUCUUGGUUUUCAACAUCAACGACUGGUUCGGUCGGACCGUCACCACCGUGAUACGUUGGCCUCGCAAAGAGUCCCGUCUGUUCCCGGUGCUCGUGGUCUCCAGGGUGGUGUUCGUUCCUCUGCUGAUGCUCUGUAACGUCCAGAGUCGCUCCUUCCUUCCCGUCUACUUUGGCCAUGAUGCUGCUUUCGCCGUCAUCAUGACUCUCUUCUCUCUGUCCAGUGGCUACUUUGUGUGUCUCUCCAUGUCCUACGCACCACAGUUGGUGGAGCAGAAGGAUGCAGAGACAGCAGGGGCCCUGAUGACUUUCUUCUUGGCCCUGGGUCUGUCCUUAGGAGCCGCCCUGUCCUUCCCUCUGCGGGCUCUCGUCUAGUCACACAGACAUGCAGCACUGCAUAGACACCGUAGAAUAUGUUCACACAUACUUGGAGGGAGAAUUUGGAUAACUGUUAUUUGUUUUUCCUGGACGUCCUUCUCGUUUUAUUGCAUUCAUCUGUCGGGUGCUGUGUGUGUGUGUUACGGUUUGACGGUCUGGGAAACCAAGCACCCUGGUGACGCUGUAAAAACACCCUAGUGAAGUAGUAUUGUUCAUAAAUGACAUGAAAGUAGGAAUAAGGGAAAAACUGUACGUUGCUCUGAUUGACUGGUUAGCUUUUUUUGGGGACUUUUUACGUUGACUUAUUUUUUUCUUCAUUUUUAGAUGUAUUUAUUUAAAAUUUAGGUUUGUUGUAGGUAGUUUUCGUGCAUUAUCAUACUUUUUUUUAUUUGAUUGAUGGCUUGAAUUCUUGUUUUUGUAAGAUUGAUUACAUUAGGUAUUUCAAUGUAUUCCUAGGUUUAUUUAGUAUUUUCUAAUGAAAUAGCUCUAUGUUACAGAUGUAGAACAAAAGAAAAAGCUUAAAGACCUGCAUCAUGAGCAUUUAUGGAUUACUGAAUGGGUCAACUGGGCACAGGCUCAGGGCCCCAAGUGGGGCCCCCUGCACCAUUGCCUCGGUUUGAAAUGACAGGUAACAGUUCCUGUUGGAAAGUCAAUCAAAUUACCAUAAAGACACUGAACAGACUCGAAACGACCGCGGAGAGACUCGAAACGAAUGCAGAGACUUGCUCGAAACUUACGCAGAGAGACUCGAAGGGACCGCAGAGAGAGACUCGAAGCGACUGCAAAUAGACAAAUGUUUAAAGUGGUUUUGUGUCUCUUUCAGUCUGGGGUUCUCUUGUUUUGUUCGUUUUAUAAUUUGUCUACUUUUUUGUUUUACUUUUUUGCCGAUUCCCUUUUUUCUUGACCUCUCCAGUGCAGCAAUACAAAGCUGCAGCAUUGUUUGUCUCUCCAGCAUCAAGGCUACUUCUGCCACCUACUGGUCAAAAGAUGGAAACCCUUCAGAGCUUCAUUUCAUUUUUAUUUGGUAGGGACAAAUACAUAUACAUAGAGAAUUGCAAAACAACUAUCCAAUGCAGUGUAUCACAGCAUUUUUAACUACUGCUAAUUUCCAAUGGUCGUCCCUAGAAAGCCUUUAAAAUACCUUCAUUUCCUUUGCUGAAAGAAUCUGUCAAUCACAGAAGGCUGUGAUUGACAGAUUCAAUGUGAUUGUGAUUGAGGUUGUGAGGUCAUACGAUGCUGCUAGCUGACCUUGUAAUACAUGCCAGAGUUAUGACCACAUUCUUCUAUUGACAUGACGCUAUGAUGCAAGUCUUGGCUCAGUACAAGUGGGUCUACUUUGAGUUCAUUUAAACCUUUAAAGGACAGCUGGUGGCUGCUGUUUAGUCACUAAAUGUACUGAUGUUGCUGUAAGCCAUGAAAUCAUGCGGGAAUAAGAGCAUUGUAUUGCACAGAUAUUGUAUUGGCCAUUUAACAUUGGUAAAUAGUGUUGGAUUUUUUUAUUUGACAUUUCUAACAAUGUGCCAUCAUGCUUAAAUCACAAAUAGUUUGAUUUGUUGGGAUUAUUUUUUUCAUUAGAUAAGAAGGAACUCAUUGCUCCAGAUUGAUUUGUCAGCACCAGUCUAUUGAGAUUGAGCUUUUUUUGGGAAUCAUUUUCUUUUGCUUAAGUGCCCAAUAAGAUUGGUUUAUAUGCUUAUUAUUCAAGUGUUUAUUGAAUUGAAUGAAUAAGGUGUCAUGUUCAUGUAGAUGGAGAAAACUUGUGUUUCAGCUGCUUCAAACGCACCAAGGGCUGAGUCCUCACGAAGGGAGCGAUAUUAAUAGGACACUUUUUUUUUUUUUUUAAACAUGACUUUCUUUGUGCUGCCUUCAUGUUUAGCGGGAAUUUUCCCUCCGAACCGAGCAAACAUGCAUUUGUGUUUACAGCAAACGCAAUGCAAAAAGAGACAAACAUCAUUUGUGUAUUUCAAAAAUGAUGUCUUGUCGAGUUCAAAUGCAGUUGAUGCUCACUUUAAACCUGUUAAACCUGAUGUAAUAGGGAUGAAGAACUUGAGUCAGAAGAAUCCAAACUGUUACAAUUUCCUUUCUACUUCUAAACUUGUAUAAAGAACGUGGGUUUGGGUAGUUGUCAUGCAGUGCAUAGCUGCAGGUCAUAACAGUCAUAAUGAGCUUUAAUAAUGACGAAACCCGGUUUAAAGGGUUAAUGUUGUGUUCACAUCAUAUUGGACUGACUGUAAAUACUGCCGUCGGCCUCCUCGUGGUGAGAACAGUAAAGAAUUCUUCAUUGGCAACAAAACGAGAGCAAUCCCAGGUCGCUGCGUUCAAGGCUCCACGUCACACUGUCGUGUUUGCUCUGGUUUGGUAUGAAUACUUGAUGUGAUCCAUUAUGGGCAGUUCACUGGUGCUCCGUAGAAACAGAUGCUGGCAGACACAGGAUCGACACUGGACUACCAAAACGGUUGUCUGUAUACUAUAUACAUACUUAGUGUGAUUAAUCACACCUGUGUGUACCCUACAGGUCAACAUUGCUGCUGUGAAGGGCUGACAUGGACUCCACACACUGGAGGAGGCGUUUCAGAGUAGUUUGUCUGUGUGAAAGACUAUUUACACCUUUUGUUCACCAAGAUAAUCUUCACAAAUGAAUACCAUGUUUUUGAUUUAUUUUUAAGUAUGAAUGCAAUUGGCAGGAGUAAAAAAACAUCAGGACUACAAACAAACUACGCCACUGGUGUAAAGGCAGAUUAGUUGCUGUGAUGGCGUUUUGUAGUCCCAUGUAGCCACUCGUUAGCAGCCGCCUCUUCAUGCCUUGAGCACCACAGACAGCUGUAGCCGUCUGUUGGUUGUUGUGAACAGGAUAUUACAGGAAGGCCUGCAGGGAGGUGCUUCAAAUUUGGCACGAACGUCCACCUGGAAAUUUGAACUGAUUAGAAUGUGGUGGUCAAAGGUCACUGUGACCUCACAAAAACACAUUUUGGGCUGUAACUCAAGAUUUGAUAUUCUAUCCAUCCAUCCAUUUUCCACCGCUUAUCCGGGGUCGGGUCGCGGUGGCAGCAGGUCAAGCAGGCCGACCCAGA